AUGCAUAUAGUAUGCAAUCACCCCCGGCGCCUACACGAUGUUGAGAACAAGGCUGCGAACAGUACUAUUCAGUACGCAAAAGAGAACCCAGGGGCAGCAGCGGCUAUGGGAACAGCCGGUAUCAUGAUAGCCGCGCCAGCUCUGGUCAUUGCGCCAGCUGCUGCGAUUGCUGGGUUUGGGGCGAACGGAAUUGCAGCAGGUAUCGGCAAUAUCGUUGCCCACAGUACCUUUGCAACACUCCAAAGCUACGGGAUGGCUGGGUACGGAGUCCCUAUUGUUCACGGCAUCGUCCAGGCUGCUGGUGUAGGUCUGGGUGCUGGAGCUGCUUACUCUGAAGCGAAAGGGGAUUCUAAGUGUGACGAAAAGAAGUCCUCUGAUGGUGGCAGUAACUCGAAAGACAGCAAGAGAGGAAAGAAGCUGUAA